CCUGAUACAAUAGAGAAAAUGAAAAAAUGCAUAAAAUUUAUGAUUCAUGUAAAUGCAAUGUUACAACUUGAUUUUUUUUAUUUUUUAAAUGAACCACCAUUAAAUAAGCAACACCAAUAUUCUUUAAUGAUGGCAAUCGAGGCAAGGUUUAGAGUCUGGAUGAUGAACCAAGCAACUGCUUUUAAUUUAUCAAGCUUUGAUGAAGAUGACCUUACACAUUUUACAUAUAAUCAUACACACAAAGGUCCUUACAUUUCAUCAAAAUUACAAUGGUGGACAGCACAAAUAAAAACAAUGUUUCAAGACGCUUUUGACAAUAUAUUUAACCAAAAACAUUAUAAAACUUUAUUAAAAAACUAUGACUCUUAUAAUAUUAGUAAUAAAAUUAUGCUAAUGAAAGAUACUUAUGAACUGUUUUUAAAAAAUUAUGAAAAUAUUUACUUCACAGGUGAUAUUAUGUUGUUAUCGAAAUUUUUUGACACUACUCCUAAAAUAAAAAUAAAAAAAGAUAGACAACAUUAUAUAUACAAGAAUACAUUUGGAAAUGCAGUAAACUAUUAUAAAUGUGGUAUUAUUUAUGGUUAUACAAUAAACAAACUUUUAAUAAAAGAAGUGGUUGAUGAAUUAUUUACGAUAUAUAAAUUAAACCAACAUAAAUUUACUGAAAUUAUCUUUAUGCAGACUGUUCGUUUGCUUUUUAAAGAAAUACAAAAAAGUUUUUUUUCUCACCGAAGAAACGAUAAAAUAAGCAUGAAUAACCUUUUCUUUUUUAACAUCCGAAAUGACUACUCCAAAUUAAACCCAGAACAAAGACAAAAUGAAAUAAAUUAUGCGAUGGCAUCCAGAUUUUAUGAAAAAACAAUGUUUUCAAUAUUUCACAUUAUGUUUAUUAUUAAAAUCAGUCGGCAUUUAGAUAAACUAGACCAAUUAUAUGGAAAGGCUACUAUGAUGCAUUACUCAGUACAUGAGAAACCAUAUGUGUAUUUUAAGCAUAUAUAUCAUAAUAGUUUACAAGAUAUUGCUUUAAAUGUAUUUUUCCCUAUGUAUAUUAAAAAACCAGUUACACAGUUAAAAUAUGGAAAAACGUUUGUUUUUGCUUAUAUGUUAAAACUUACUUCCGAAUUAUUUAGUAUAUAUAAUUUAAACAAUUUAAGUUUAUUAUGUCAAUAUCAAGCUGUUAUUACAGCUAACUUCUAUGCAUUUAAAAAAGUUGCAGCAUAUAUUGAUAGACUAUUUGUACCAAUGGUUAUAUUUUUCUUUUUUUUUAAAAUUAAAGUUGAAUUAGAUGAAGCUGGAAAAGAUUUUCUACCAACAUACUUAAGUAGAUUUGAAGGAUCAAAAUCAUUGAUAACUAUUACUAAUAUUCUUAUAUAUGUUGGUGGCAAUAUUUUAUAUCAAAAUGCUUUAUUUUUUCCUAAUCAUUUGUCUUAUGAAUUAAGGAAACAAGCUCCAGAAAUUCCACAUAUGAUACCAUCAGAUAAACCACAAGCACAUUAUAUUGAUGGAAAUAUUAUAUUUGGAGUUGUACAUAGUUUAUCUGUUACUUUUAUUUUAGCAACUUUAAUGAGAUGGUAUUCAUUUAUGGAUAAUAUUUUAUUUAUGUUUAGAGUUACAUUCCGUAUAUUUGAUAGAUAUUAUGAAAUAAUUAAUGAUCUCCUUUGUUUAUUUUUUAGAAGAAUAUUUAAUAAAAUGAGUGCUAACAUUUUCUUAAAAGCACUUGCCAAAAUUUAUUUAGAGUCACAAAAAGCAGGAUAUUUCGAAGAAGUAAAACAGUCCAGAUUGUAUGCUAAAACGUUUACCGAAGACAAAGUCACAUAUAAACAGUUUUCACAAAGAAAUAAUAAUUUGCUGCAAUUUGUGGAUAUUGAAAAUCAAGUACAAAAGGGUUUAUUGUCUUAUAAUGAUAAGCACUCUUACUUUAAUGACUUAGAAGAAAGUGAGGAAUUUUUGAACGACAAAAGCUUAACCUACUACGAAGAUCAAGUAAACAACAUAAUUAGUCCUUAACAACUGCUAAUGUAUAUGCUAAUCAUAUGUUAUACUUUAAAAAAAAAAAAUAACAAUCACUAAUAUGACUCUAUCAAAUUAGUUACUUAUUUUAAAAACAAAACGAAAGGGAGAAUAAAAAAACGGAAGAGAAUAAAAAAACGGAAGGGAGAGAAAAAACGGAAGAGAAUAAAAAACGGAAGGGAGAGAAAAAA